GGAAGAACGAAAUCCUCCUAAACAGCAUCAAUUGAAUUCACUGAACAUUAACAAAUACAAUAUGUCUGAUCCCGAAAGAAAGCCCUUCACUGACCAAAUGAAGGAAAAGAUUACUCCUGAUUCCUCUAAGUCUACUAUCGACAAAGCUAAGGAACAAGUCACUGGUGCCUACGACAAGGUCGCCAAGAACUUUACCUCUGAUGAGAGCAAGAGCUCAACUCAAGAAGCUCACGACAAGGUCAGUCGCUUUGUCGACGACAAGAAGUAAGACGGAUUGAGUAUUCCCUCCCUCCUUCUAAUUGUCAUUCAUCUCUUCAAUACAAGAGUAUCCAUCAACAACUCUUUAAAAACGCAAUGAGUUCAAUGAUUGAUUGAUUUAUGCUGCAACAAGCAUAAGUUUUUCACAUGAUGGCAUGAUAAUAACGAAUAAAUAUUUUUCCUUUC